AUGACUAGGGCAGACCCUUGGCUCAGGACGGUGUGAUUAUGGACCACUCUCACACCAGCAGCAGUCAUGAGCGGAGAUGUCAACUGCACAGGUCAUCUGCUGGCAUUGGGGAUUCCCUCCAUAACCUUCGCGUGGGGACUGUGGGCCCUCUUAGGGGCUGUGACGGUGCUGUUUCUUAUUUCACUGGCUGCACUCUUGUCCCAGUGGGCCACUCGGAGCAGGAGCCAGGAGGGACAGGGACAGGGACGCUCUGGAGAGUCGGUGGAAGAAAUUCCCCUGUAUGGGAACCUGCACUAUUUACAGACAGGACGACUGUCUCAAGAGCCAAGGCCAGAACAGCAGGACCCAUCCUCUGGAGGCCCUGCCAGGGCUACAGAGGAAGGGAUGUGCUACACUAGCCUGCAGCUGCGACCUGCUCAGGGUCGGAUCCCCAGCUCUGGGACCCCCAUAAAGUACUGUGAGGUGGUGCUGGACUCUGAGCCAAAGCCCCAGGCCCCGGGCCCUGAGCCGGAACUCUAUGCCUCAGUGUGUGCCCAGACACGCCGAGCUCGAGCUUCCUUCCCAGAUCAGGCCUAUGCCAACAGUCAGCCUGCACCCAGCUGA